AUGGCUCCAGCCAGUACUCGAUCUUCGUCCAUCUCGUCGGCGUCGACAACCAGCUCCAGCUCCAGCUCCAGCUCCAGCUCCAGCUCCACCCCCACCUCCAGCUCCACCCCCACCUCCAUCUCCAAAGACGCAGAUGCGCCGCCCACGAAAAAGAAAUUCGCUUGCAGCUUCCCGUCCUGUGGAAAGUCCUUCUCCCGGUCCGAACAUCUGCAUCGCCAUGCCCUGAACCACAAGGACGGUAACAACACCUGUCAGAGGUGUAGCGCGCAUUUCCGUCGGCGGGACCUGCUGGACAGACACAUGGCCCGCCACAAGGAGAAGGACGACGAGGCCGGAGGGGAGGGGCUCGGCUUUUUGGCGACCAGAAAGAGGCUGUGGAGGGAUGCCGACGGGAGCAUCGUCAAUGCCCGCCGGCCAUCUUCCACACACUUGCAGGACAGCGCCAAAAGGCGACAACUGAGCCGUGGUAGUCGCAAAGACUCCAGCUCCUCCAGCGCCCCGGACCACGCCCCCGCCUCGCAGUCCCUCCUCACACGGCCGAUUCCCAUAUCGCGAACAGGCUCGACCACCGCCUCUUCCACCAUCGUGGAGGGCAGCGGCACCGCGCCGCCGCCACGGUUAGACCGCCCGGCGGCUGCGGAAACGGCAUGCAAGAUAUCCGAAGUCGACGAGGACAGUCAGCCGAGCUGGCUCAAGCUCCCGACUCUGCCCUCGCCCCCCAUCUCCGAGCCGCAGUCGGCGAUGCAGAGCCCCAGCCCGGAACUAUCCGACCUCGACACGCUGUACGAAGACUCGUGGCCGGUCAUGCACCACGGGCUGCCCGAGAUCGUCAACCACAGCCCGAUCAUGGGCCGCCAGUCGGAAUACCCCGCGAGCCCGUCCUGGGGGCCUCAGCCGUUCCAGACGUUCAUGGGCGCCAUGGCCGAGCUCUCCUACGACGACAUCUUCAGGCCCGAGACGGGGCUGUACGAUUGGCAGGCCUGGAACAGCCAGGUGCUGUCGAGGUGUCGAGAGGAGAAGUUUGAGCCGUUUGCGGAGAAGAGGGAGAGGGAGUGGAAUUUAUACCCCGGGCAGGAUCAGGCGCCGUUCAAGAGGACCUUUGGACUGGGAACGUGCUAG